AUGUUAAAAAUCAAAAGAAUUGAACUUCUUCUUCUUUUUAUUAUACUUAGUACAGGAAAAUAUAUUGGAUUUUUUCCAAGUAACCAUGAAUGUAGUAUGAAUGAUACUUGUGUUGCAUUAAGAAAAAAUCAAUUUACUUAUUAUUAUAAAUAUAAAGGAGGUGAUGAACAUUAUGAAAGAAUCAAUUCAAUAUUUAGAAAAAUUGAAAAGGAUUUUAAUUAUUAUAGUAAAACAUUGUCUAAUGAAGGAAAGAAGUAUUUAGAUCCAAUAAGAACAUGUUUUGGUCGUUUAAAAAAUAGUUAUAAUUCAUUUAAAAGUGAAAUGACAACAAUUAAUCCUCAAGUCGAAGAUAUAAGAAGUAAAUAUGAAAAUUGUGAAGAUACUGUCAAACAAUUAGUAGAAAAACAAACCGAAGAUUAUUAUGAACACUUAAAAAAUGAAAAUGAAUUUGAUAAUAACACUGCUUUAGUUCAAGCAAAUCAAUCUCUUUCUAAGAACCUUAAUGACGUUAAUCAAUUAGCUAGUUUAACUAGAACUUAUAUUGAAAAUCCUACUGCUUUAUUAAAAAGUCUUACUCAACAAUUUGCCCACUUAAAAAAAUCUCUUUUGGCAUGUAAAGGAGAUAGAAAGCAAAUAGAAGAUAUUAUUAAAUCUUCUCCUGCAUUAAAGAAUUGGAAUGAACUUAUUGAUAAGGCUAAAGUUGCAAAUGAAGUUUUUAUUGACCUUUGGGAAGGGUAUCUUUAUUUUAGAGGAUUUAAAUGUAAUACUGCACAGCAAGACAAUGCAAUUAAUACACUAAAAGAUAUAGUCAAAAAAAGAACACGUAAAUUUAAUCCAUCGGUUCAAGCUAAAGUGGAACAUUCUAUAUCAAAAGUAUUUGAUGAUAAUGAAAGAGAUAUUAUAGAACAUGGUUUACAUCUUGAAAAUAACUUUUAUACUCAAUCAGAUUUUAAAGAAAAGAUGUUAGCAAAAUGGAAUACGACAUACUCUCCUACAAAUGUGCAAAAGCCAAGAAAAAGUAUGGGACCAACACAAAUUCUUGAAGCAGCAUUGAAAAAUGCAAAAAAAUCAAAAAAUAAAGAGCUUGUUAAAGAAUUAACAUCAAAACUUAAGAUGUCAAAGCUAAUUGAUGAUAAAAGUUAUAGAGAUAAUUUCAUUAAUCAAGCUGGUGAAGUUUAUAAGAAACAACUUAGUGGAGAAUAUUCAAAAGAAAAAAGAAAAAAUUGGAAAGAGGAUAUUGCAAAAGCAAUGAAAAAAAUACUUGGAGGAAAAGGUUCAGGAGAUAAAAUAAAACAAGAAAUUAUCAAACGACUAGUUCAUAGACAUGAAAAACUAGUAGGUGGUGGUGAUAACAUAAAAGGUAAUAAUUAUGUUAACACUAUAAGUGAAAAUAAUAAUGAGAUAGAUAAAGUAACUAAUUCUCAAAUCCUCAUACGCUCUAAUAAUAAAAGAAGUAAAGCUAAAUUAUUAACAAAAGCACAAAGAACAAGUAAACAAAAUGAAAAUAAGACUAAAAAUAAAAAGAUUGUUGUUCAAUCUAGAAAGAGUGAGAUUGAAAGAAGAUUAGAUAAAGAAAUUGCACAAGAAAUGAAAAGACAAAUACUUAUCAAAGAACAAGCAAGAAAAAAGAUUUUAAAUGAAAUUAAAAAAGAGUAUAACCAAAAAAAGAUUAGAAGAACAAAACAUGAAGAAAGAGAGAAAGAAAUUAAAAAAAUAAGAAAAUUAAGAGAUAAGUUAGACUAUCUUUUUACUAAAAGAGAAAGUGAAGAAAAAGACAAUAGAAUGAAUAAAAGAAUUAGAGAAUUAAAAACAAUGAUUUCAGAUCAUUUCUUUAAAAGAAAGCAAUUAAGAAAGAUAUAUAAUAAAAUGAAAUAUUCAGUUGACCCAAUUCAACAAGUUAAUAAACUGGUUGAAUUGUAUCACAAACAAAAUAAAAUGAUGGGAAUUCAUUCAAUUGAUGAUAUCUAUGGUGAUGUUAACAGUAACAUACCUCUUCUCAGAAAAGAAGAAAGAAAACUUCUUCAUCGUAUGGGAAUCAAAAAGAAACAAACCAUAGAUUAUGAUGAUGUUAUUCCAACUCCUCCAAAUGAAGACAUUGAUAAUCCAGAAGAAAAAAUAAUAAAACUAGAAAGGCAAGUAAAUCAACAAAAAUGGAAGCGGUGUGGUUGUGGUGUGAAUUACCGUAAGAAUUUUUAA